AUGGGGCUUACAUUGAAGGAAGAAUUCUUGGAUUUUUUUCUAGUCCCAAGUGGUAUACUGCUCAUGCUUGGAUAUCAUCUAUUCCAUCUCCACAGAUGCCUAUAUCUCCCCGAUACCACGGUUAUCGGCUAUGAAAAUCAUAACAAGAAGGCUUGGGUUCAAAGAAUUCUAGAGGUUGAAGCCAAAGAUAGAGGGCAAGCUAUAAAUGUGAUCAACAGCAAUAUAUCUGCAGCAACUUCACUAGCUUCGAUUUCCCUGGCUUUGAGUUCUAUACUUGGGGCGUGGAUUGGAAGCGCCUCCCACAAUGUUUUCUUAAGCAGUCAUAUCCAUGGGAACAAAAGCUCGACCGCUGUUUACAUCAAGUUCAUAGCUCUUCUUUCAUGUUUCCUGUUUGCUUUUGCUUGUUUUAUUCAGACCUCAAGGUGUUUUGUUAAUGCCAAUUUCCUCAUAAGCAUGCCAAAUUGUGAGAUCCCUACUAGUCAUGUUGAGAAUGCAGUUAUAAGAGGAAGUAAUUACUGGGUAAUUGGCUUGAGAUCACUUUUUUUUGCCAGCAAUUUGCUUUUUUGGAUUUUUGGUCCAAUCCCAAUGUUUGUUUGCUCGGUGAUAACAGUAGUGAUGUUACAUAAUCUGGAUAGAAAUACAACCCCGUUGCCACAGUAUACGAAUACACCAGCCAGCCAUCGCUCAAAGGAGAAUGGAAAAGAAAUUACUGCAGUUACUAGUGCUAAUGAUCGUUGUUAG